AUGGGUCACCUUAAAAGCGGCUUCACGUCAGAUAUGACGCUGUACAAGAACCUGACGGAGCUCCGUCGCCAGUUCGACCCAGAAGGAAGCAACAAACUCUUCGGGUGGAGAAAGACCGACCCAGUCACGGGCAAACCAGGCGCUUACGAGUGGGUGACGCUCAAUGACUUCCUACCGGUUGUAGAGGCCGCAGCGUCGGGUAUGAGUCACAUGCUCGAGCUGCAACGAGGCGCCAUCGUCGGAGUCUUUGCUACGAACUGCUAUCAAUGGUCCGUUGUCGAGCACAGUGCAAGUCGUAUGGCCUACACAUUGGUGCCGCUGUACGACACACUGGGGGCUACUGCCAUCCCGUUCAUUCUAAACCACACAGAGAUGAGUAUCGUCUUCUGUGGUAAGGAACAUUUCAAAGUCCUCAUGGGAGUAGUACACGAAUGUCCCAGUGUCAAGACGGUAGUGCAGUUCGAGGAUGAAAUUGAUGAAGAAGAAACGAUCUUAGCGGAACAACACAAGGUGAAGCUCAUGACGUUGAGUCAGUUGAUCGAGGACGGCAAGACCGACGUCGUGUCUGCGGAUCCCCCGCUUCCGAUUGACUUGGCCACGAUCUGCUACAUGUCGGGCACUACUGGGGACCCCAAGGGGGUGAUGCUCACUCAUGCCAACAUGAUGGCGGCAGCAGCUUGUUCUCUGGAGUUCACUCUCCUACUCCCGACUGAUAUUCACCUGUCCUACUUGCCAUUGGCUCAUUGCUUUGAGCGAGUGAUCCAGACGACGUGUAUCUACAGCAGAGCGGCUGUCGGGUACUACUCCGGCGAUGUCAAGCUGCUAAUGGACGACCUCGGAGAGCUGAAACCCACCGUGUUCCCCUCAGUCCCGCGUCUAUUGAAUCGGAUCCAUGACAAAGUCACACAAGGAGCUGCAGCAGCUGGAGGCCUUAAGAAAUGGCUGUUCGACACAGCCUACGCCUCGAAGAAGUAUUACCUCAAAGAUGGCUACAAGACGCAUUGGUUCUGGGACUUUUUAGUCUUCAGUAAAGCCCAAAAGGCGCUGGGUGGACAUGUUCGUCGUAUGAUGAACGGCUCUGCACCUCUGUCGAAGGACGUGAAGGAGUUCUGUCAGAUUGUAUUCGGUUCAACGAUGCUGGAAGGUCAUGGACUGACGGAGACUGGAGCUGUGAUAUCAUGUUCAACCGAUGAGAUCCCUCCUGGAGACCACAUUGGGAUCCCGCUAGGCAACGUGCAGAUAUGCCUCGAAGACUUACCGGAGAUGAACUAUACCAGUAGAGAUAAGCCCUGUCCUCGGGGUGAAAUCCUGAUGAAAGGCGACAAUCUCUUCGUGGGGUACUACAAGCAGCCAGACGUCACGAAGGAGGUGAUAGACGAGGACGGCUGGCUGCAUACGGGCGACAUUGGCUGCUGGAAUCCGGACGGUACGUUGCGUAUCAUUGACCGCAAGAAGAACAUCUUCAAGCUCUCGCAAGGCGAGUAUGUGGCCCCAGAGAAGAUCGAGGGAAUCUACAUCAAGAGUCCUCUCAUUGCACAGGCUUUCGUACAUGGUGACUCGAUGAAGAGCUACCUCGUCGGCAUUAUCGUUCCUGAUGCUGAGAUCGUGGCCAAAUGGGCGAUAGGUAAAGGUCUUCAGGCUUCCUUUGAGAUGCUUUGUAGCGCCGAGUCUCCAGCUGGAGCCGAGUUGAAGACCGACAUCGCUCACGAGAUGGAGCGGCUAGCAACUGAGUACAAACUAUUCGGCUUCGAAAAAGUGAAGAAAUUUUACAUUCACGUGGAGCAGUUCAUCCCCAAGAACGACUUUGCCACACCGACAUUCAAACUCAAGCGCCCAGUUAUCGUCAAGCGCUUUGGUUCCGAGCUUGAGGGCAUGUAUAAUGAGUAA